AUGAGUGGCAAAGUGGAGUAUCCCUACCAGAAAAUCGACUUCGAUGAGAAGAUCGUUUACACCAUAGCCUCGGUCGCUGUGUACUUGCUUGCCGGUCUUCCACUGAGAAACGUUGCGCAGGACCGCAUUGCCGAUCCGUUUGGAUGGCUGCGGGUCCCCUUGGCGUCUCAGGCCGGAACGGCGCUAGAGUUUGGGCUGCUGCCUGUCGUCACGGCCGGUUUCCUGUGGCAGAUUCUCGCGGGAUUCAAAGUCAUCAAAAUCAACUUCGAAUCCAGAUCCGAUAGAGAGCUCUUCCAGUCUUGGCAGAAACUGACCGCGGUGUUGAUCGCCCUGGUCUAUGCUGUGUUACUCUCGUUUGCCGGCUACUUCGACCCUGUCGACCAAUUCACCUCGCCAACAACGUUGUCUAUCGGGAGCAAGCUGACCUACAUUUUCCAGCUGACGUUCAUGGCGCUCAUCACCGCUCUCCUGGUGGAGCUUCUGGACAAGGGGUACGGCUUUGGCCCGGGGAUUCUGGCAAUCAUCACUGUCUCAUCCGCCACCCAGUUCGUCACCUCGUUCCUUGGGCUCACCACCACUCUCACCGCCAGAGGUUUUGAGUCUCACGGUGCCUUGAUCCGAUUGAUCAGAAACCUCAGAAACAAGCCGUUGGGACUGGCCAUCUACGACGCAUUCACUAAAUACAACCUCGCCAACCUGACCCAGAUUUACAUCACUCUCGCCGCUCUGGCUGCUGGUGUUUACUUUGGCAACUUUAGAGUUGAGGUGCCUAUCAAAUCUGCCAAGGUCAGAUCCAUGGCCUCGGUGUACCCAAUCAAGCUCCUCUACUGCGGAGCGCUACCUGUGCUGUUCACCUACGCCGUGCUUUACAACCUCAACAUUAUCGGGUUCGCCCUCACCAGAAUUUUCAGCACCGUGCCGUACGUGCAAUACAUCGGCACGUGGAAGUUGGACGAAUUCAACUUCUCCACGUACAAUCUGACCUCGGGCUUACUCUACUUUGUGUCUGCCUCUCCUAAGGGUGCUUCUCCACUGCACUACGUCGUCAGACCGGUCACAUUUUCUCUAUUUGUCAUUGUUGUGUCAACCGUUUUCUCAAGAAUGUGGAGCAACAUUUCAGGCUCCUCUGGCAGAGACAUUGCCAAACAGUUUAAGGAGCAAGACAUCACUCUCAUUGGCCACAGAGACACGGCUGUCGGAAAAGAACUUGGAAAAAUCAUUCCUGUGGCUUCCACCACGGGAGCUUUGAUUGUGUCGGCGAUUGUGUGCGGUGUCGAGGCUCUUGGACUCUCCGGAGGUCUUGCUGUUGGAGCAUUCGUUGGCUUGUUGUGCGCUCUGACGCUUUUGGAAAGCGUUAUGACCGAGUACCAGCAGUCCGGAGGAGUGUCCUCGCAGUUUGGACAGAUGUUUCAGCAACGUUAA